UGUGUGUGUGUGCGUUUUCAGAUAAGAAGACACAUGCUACAGCCCCACCACACACAGACAGAGGAAAGCCGAUGCGGAAGAGCAGAUGUGGAUCUGAGAGAAGACAACAUGACUGAAAGUGUGUUAUUGUGUCUGCCCGAUCGGAUUUACACAAGAAUCAGCUGAUCCGUUACUUCCUGAUUGUUUACAUGGAAAUACAGUGAGUGUCCUGCGGUAAAGCUCAGGAUGGAGGAUCUGUUGGGGAAUGUCUCCAUCUCCAGCAGGGAUGAAUCUGGCGCUCCGACCGUCCCGCCCAGCAUGUCCAUCGACAAACUCCUCCCGGCCCUGCUCGAAUGUUUCGGGAUAAUCCUCUGCGGAUACGUGGCAGGACGCGCCAACAUCAUCCCAGCGACUCAAGCUAAAGGACUGGGCAGUUUUGUGUCUAAGUUUGCUCUUCCGGCUCUGCUUUUCAAAAACAUGGUGCUGCUGGACUUUGGGGACGUGAUCUGGCCCUUUUUCUUUAGUAUCCUGGUGGCCAAAGUGACUGUCUUCUUUUUCGUGUGUGUAUUAACGCUUUUGGUGGGGAAUCGAGAGAGCCGUUACUCCAAAGCUGGCCUAUUCCCGAUUUUUGCAACGCAGAGCAAUGACUUUGCUCUCGGAUUCCCUAUUGUUGAGGCGUUAUAUCGCAGCACACACCCUGAGUACCUGCAGUACAUCUACCUGGUGGCUCCAGUCUCCCUCAUGGUCCUAAACCCGCUGGGCUUCAUGUUCUGUGAGGUGCAGAGGAGGAAAACCGGAGAACCCAACCAGCAGAGCAAACUGCAUGUCCUGGGUCUGGUGGUCCUGCAAGUGUUCAAGAACCCCAUCGUCUUCAUGGUGGUGAUCGGGCUCGUGUCUCAUUUCCUGCUGUGCCAAAAAAUUCCCGCCUUCAUGGAGCAGUUUGUAGACGGUCUGGCGAACUCGUUUGGAGGAGCAGCGCUGUUUUAUUUGGGUUUGUCCAUGGUGGGCCAGCUGAAAAAACUGACCCGCUCGACAGUGGUGGCGCUCAUUCUUCUUAUUACAGCCAAACUGCUGAUGAUGCCUCUGAUCUGCAGAGGGAUGGUGGAGGUUUUGGACAGUGCAAACAGAAGCACGCUGAACCACACCAGUCUGUCAAACUACGCCUUUCUGUAUGGAGUCUUUCCCACUGCUCCCAGUGUGGCCAUUUAUGCAGCUCAUUACAACAUGGAGCUGGAGGUGGUGACUUCAGGUAUGGUGGUCAGCACGUUUCUGUCCGCCCCCAUCAUGUACGUGUCUGCGUGGCUGUUGACCAUCCCGUGGAUGGAUUCGGCUCCACUGGCCUCGGCUCUGCAGAACGUCAGCUUCGACAUCAGCAUUAUCAGCCUCUUCGCUCUGGUGUGGAGUCUCACAGUCAUGAUACUGAGCCGAAAAUAUCACAGGAUUCCUCAUAUUUUCACCAUAAACCUCUUUGUGGCGCAGUUAUUAGUGUGUGUUGGGAUGAUCGUGUGGAACUUCGUGGUGAGGCAGGACAGUUUUGUGGCUCAAGUGUUGAGCUUUACUCUGCUGUACGGCUCUCUCUACAGCACCUACAUCUGGCCUGGUCUCAUCGUCCUGUCUCUGCUCCUCAUGAGAAGUGAAGAGGUGAACUUCAGGCCGGGACUCACUGUGAUCACCGGCUGGGGUUUACCUUUUCUGGCUGUGAGUGUUCUUCUCCUGUCAGGACACAGAAUGCCAGACACCAUCGACUCUGCUUUCUUUUAUGGAACCACACAGGUGAUGUGCACAUCGGUGGUGUUGUGUGUGAGUAUCGCGGUGUGUGGCGUCUCUCUCGCACUGCUCAGCAGACGAACACAAGACUAUCAAAACCUUGUAUCUGGAUCACUGUCCGGAAGUGAAGAAGAUUUGAGGAUUGCCUACAACACACCAGCUCAGGGCUCUAUUGAGGAUCCCUGCGCUUUAGGCAGCGGCAACUCGGCAUGCCAGAUGUGCGAGUGUGCGUGCGCUCGUCCUCAGACCAGACCUGACGUUACAAACACCAAAGAGGAAGUGUCCAUACAAACAGGUCAGUGUGGUCAGGAAUGUACAUCCACGCACUGUUUGCUGGUUGAAGAGGAGGAGAAGGAGACGGAGAGACAGAACACAGACAUUCAGUCAACAAGACACGUGCUAAUUUGUCUGAUACUGACUGUCACUUCACUCGCUAAUCUGUGCAGUUGUCUAUGGUGGCUCUUUAAUAAAGAUCCAGGUCGUCUGUAUCUGGAGCUGCAGUUCUUCUGUGUUGUGGCCAAUUACGGACAGGGUCUUAUUUCAUUUGCCUUUUUUGGCCUCGACAAGCAUUUAAUCAUUUCUCCGUUCAAAAAGAGGCUGGUGAGUGUGUGGCAGUGGUGGGCUCAGGUGGUCUCAGGCUCAGAAGCGUCUGAGGAGAUCAGACUGACCUGCAACCAGUUCCUCAAAUAUCAUAAGAAGCAGUGCAUUAAAGACAUCGUUCACAAGAAAAGAUGUGGAGAAAAGAGCAGCAUCCAGGCGUUUCUUGGCACUGAUAUGGUCAUGUGGCUGCAGAGUGUGGGAUUAGCCAGCGAUCAGGGGGAGGCGGUGCUGUACGGCUCGCGGCUGCUGGAUGGAGGAGUUAUUCAGCACAUCACACAACAGCACGCCUUCGAGGACCAGACCCUGCACUACCGCUUCACAUAAAUGCAAACAUUUACACUCACAAAUACACACACAUACAAACACCCACUUAGACUCACAAAGACGCACACUUGCACUCACAGACAUACAAACACACUUCAACACAUUGGUAUAGGUGUAAUGUAUUUUAUACUGCAAUAACCACUUGUUUUAUGGUGUUAUGGCCUAACACUAGCCCUAACCUCAACCCAACUAUGAAUUUGAAAGGUAAAAGCCUGUUGAGUAUGAUUUUGAAGCGUUUUGCAUUACUAAGACACAAGGCAUGUCCUCAUAAACCACUGUAAUAAGAGUACAACUAGGGCAUACCCAUGCCAUUAUACUAAAAACUGUCCUUGUAAACCACCAAAACACAUUGGUUUUGUUGGUUUACGAGACCUAUUCAUUAGCAUAAUGUAUCUUAUACUGUAAAAAUCACUUAUUUUAAGGUGUUAUGGCCUAACAAUAGCCCUAACCUCAACUCUCUAGAAGAACUGGCAAAUUUGAAUGUCUAAAGACCCCGUUAAGUAUUUUAAGCAUUUUGAAUUACGAAGACACAAUGCAUGUCCUCAUAAACCACCAUAAUGGAGUAAAACUAGGUCAUACCCAUGUCAUGUCUUUGUAAACCACCAAAAUGCAUUCAGCCGCUCACAAACACACUCACAAACGUACGCACACUCAAACAUGUUAUUAUUGGUGGUUUACAGGGACUCUCCAUAGGUAUAAUGAAGUUUAUUCUGCAAAAAACACUUCUUUUAUGGUGUUAUGGCCUAACACUAGCCCUAACCUCAACUCUCAUAUGAUACCUGUGGCAAAAUUUGUCAAAAAACCUUGUUAAGUAUGAUUUUGUAGUGUUUUGAAUCAGGCAUGUCCUCAUAAUCCAUCACAAUAGUGUACAACUAGGUCAUACUCAUGUCAUUAUACAAAAAACGGUCUUUGUAAGCCACCAAAACCAACACACGCACACAAUUACAGCAUUCAGCCAACAACACCUUGCACGUUAUUUAUUCUGCCCAUACUAAUAACAGUAAACUACCUGUUCCUACACCUGAGGGAAAAACGUAAAGGGAAAUUAUUAUUCGUUUUUUUUGUAUUGUGCUUUUCUGAGGGGAAAAACAAGAGUAAAAACAGAAAGAAAUAAACUUUAAAUUUAAAGAGAUUAAACUGAAAGAAAUUAAAUUAAUAGCACGGCAGCCUGUAAACUUGAAAUGUAAGAAAUAACUUUGGGAAUACAAUAUGUAGCGCAAGAUGUUGUAAGCUCAGAAAUGGAGUUUAUAUCUCAGAAUCGGGACUUAAUUUCUAACAGUUGUGAAGUUAAUCUCAUUAUUCUGACUCAGGAUAGAUAGUUUAUGAAAGUAUAAAUUUGCAAUAAUGAGAAAUAAAAAUUAUAUAAUAAUAAUUCAGUGUAAUAAAUGUUGCAAUUUUGAGAAACUCAAAAUUCGUGAACAAUUGCAAUUAGGGUUGGGUUGAUAGACAUCAAGAUUCUGAACCGGCAUCGCAACCCUCCGCCCCGUCGCAGCAACAACCCGCUCGCAAAAAACACACACUUAAGCCCCUUUUACGCUAAUACAUCUUGGUUUUAAAAUGGCAUUUUAGAACGAAAACGAUCCACGUCCACACUUCCGUUUCAUCUAGCAUUUCUGAAAAGCCCUCCAUCCUAUACCGCUGAAAACGCACAUCACGUGACCACACACAUAAGCGCACGUCUGAGCUCCAGGCAGUCAGCAGGUGCUUUGAGGACAAAACCCCAGAGAGCAGUGCACGUCGGACAGUUUAUCAAGGAUGUACCGCUGGAUCACACGUCUCAAUCCUAUAUAUUGUGUUAAACGUGAUAUUUAAUUAAUCUUGUCUCCAUCUAAAAACUCUUCGGUCUUUUGAAUCUAUCAGGUAACGUGUCACAGCGCCAGUACACUACUUCAGUCUUUCGCUUUCACGCAUUUACUUAGUAUUUACUAGCUCAGAUGCUAUUGGUUGGUUCCUGUUGGUUGUGCACCUUUUUACCAACCAAGUUUGUUGACGCCAUUAUAAUAAGACAGAUCACUCUGCCACUCGGAUGACUCUGUCCUGCGGAAAAAGUAAUUGACAGGUGGUAAUUUGUGUGUAACUUAUCUAUAUUUAUUUAUAUAGAUAACUUUGGUAAAACAAAGACCAUGCGGGUCAGGUAGUUGAAACGGUAGGCUACUAAUAAUUAAUUUAAGAAUUCUUUUUUUCUUAAAUAAUUAAUUUACCGCCACCUACAACGACGACGCCAUCGCGAUGUUACACAUAAGACAUCGUACGAUGCCAAAUUCGUCAACAUCGCCCAACCGAAAUUGCAAUACCAAAACAAAUCGAAUAAUUAAAAAGUCAAAGUGGUAUAUUGAUAUGGUUUCAGCAUCGUGAGAGAACGUUACGUUUUUUUUUUUUUAAACAUUUCUGACAAUUGGAGGUUUAUAUUAUUAAACGCAUAAUUUCUCCACUCUACACUAAAGGCUGGUUUAUACUUCUGCAUGACCCACGCCACCUGCCUUGCACAUAGUCGUGCAUUUAUACUUCUGCAUGUUGAUUAUGUUGCUCUACGGCAGGGGUGUCCAAACUCGGUCCUGGAGGGCCGGUGUCCUGCAGAUUUUAGCUCCAACUUGCCUCAACACACCUGCACGGAUGUUUCUAGAAAGCCUAGUAAGUGCUUGAUUAGCUAGCCCAGGUGUGUCUGAUUGGGGUUGGAACUAAACUUUGCAGGACAUCGGCCCUCCAGAACCGAGCUUUUACAUGCCUGCUCUACGGUAACACUUCAGAAACACUAGCUGGCAGUAGGUUUUUAUGUUCCUGUGUCGAGUUUCUUCAUGGGUGUUUUGUUUUUUCUGAACGCUACCUUAAUAUACAAGUAGCUAAAACUCGAUCAUUCAGAGGCGGGAACCAGCGGAAGUGAAACAACUUUAAUCAUAAGGUAAACGCAAAACAAAAGCUUCCACCUGGAGCUCCUUCAUGGGACUCCACGUGUGUAAACACUUGCUCCAUCGGGCUCACGACUCUCAGCACCGUCCACACUCGUCAGUGCUACAAAGUCGAUCAGUCAUGCAGCUUGUGCUAGGCAUUGUUGGAAUGAGUUGUUACAUUUUUUUGAGAGGUGCGCGUCAGUCUGCGUCAGCUACGGCAAGGGGUCUGUGACUGCGUGAAGGCUGCGUUGAAGCAUACACGUGCGCUUGACGCAGAAGUAUAAAUCAGCCUUCAUUUAUAUUAGAACUUAUAUUAGAAACUGGUAACGAUUGACUUCCAUUGUAAUUUUUUUUACUAUGAAGGUCGAUGGGAACCAGUUUCCAUCAUUUAAUAAACCAAAUUUUGGGGUAAAUUGUCAGAAUGACCUUUUUUUUUUAUAAUUCUGUAAGGGAAAGAGUCUUCCAUAAUAAGCAGAUGCUGCUUAAAAUGAGAUUUUUGAGCACUGAAUCUACCUCUCACACACACUGGAUGGUAAAAGGUGAAUAUAUUGAACAUUUCAGAGCUGCUGUAUAUGCACAGGGGGUUUUCACUCACUAAGUCUCCUUUUAUAUCUCCUAGUUGUUCAUUCAGAUUUUUUAUGCAUUGUUUUGACAGCUAUGUUAGACUGACUGAUACAGUUUUGUUCUGAAUUACAUUCAUUAAUUACAUGCAAUAAUCGAAUCAGGUUUAAAAGCAGUAUUGCAGUUAUAUUUUUAACACACUAAGUUAAGAAUGUACCAUUUUUAUUUACUGUUUGUACUUAUUUACUUUUUAAAUGAAGUGUCCCAUAAAAUUAAAAUAAUAUUUUUCACAUGUUAGUAUCAGCAUGUUAGUUUAAUGAUAUCUUUAAUCUAUUGUGCUCCAAAACAGUGACAAAAUGUGCGUUUCCCGCCAAAAUGGAGCAACGAUCUUUUUGUCACCUCAUGCUUCAGUUUUUUAAAUACUGACCAAUCAAAUGCUCUCUUUAUCUGACAUGCCCCGCCCCCCUUCUCGUUUGCUUUUCAUUUGAUGCGCUUUGGAGCUCAACCACUCACUGGCAGAGCUGUGAGAAAACCAAACGCUAUUGGCUUAUGUUUGGGGGGAAAGGGGAGGAGCUACUUAAUAUCCCGCCCUCUCUUCAUUUUUCAGUUGAGAUGACAUCAAACAAUACAAAAAAAUGCGUAUUUCAAAACUCUUCAUGGGACUUUAAACUCUUCAUGGGACUUUAGCGGCAGAAUGACUGGAAGUUGAAGUCAGGUAUGCAUGUUUUCAUAUUAUCAUUAUAUUUUGUACUGUAUUGAAUGUGAAGUCUGAGCUUAUCUGGCGAUUCUGCUUCAGGGACUGAUGUUACAGUUGGACUUUUAUUUUGUAAUGAGAUUAUUUUGAGUUCGUUUAUGUUUACGUUCGUGUCCUGCCAGCUCGCUGUUUCCAGAAUAAAAGUCUUUCCUCA